AUGGAAAAGCGGUCGCCAGCGGUCGGCGCCUGUCAGGAUGGGCAGUGGGUGAUGGCCCUCGCUCUCCUCAACCAGAUGAGCGUCUUCAGAGUGGAGCUCGGGUUCAUCACUUGCGCCGCCGUCCUCACUGCCUGCUCUGUGGCCCAGCAGUGGCUCCGGUGCUUCCAGGUCUUAGAGCAGAUGCGAGAUCUCCAUCUGGCGAUCGACUUCGUCGCGCUCUGCGACACUGUCCAAGCGUGUGAUCGAUGUGGCCUUGGCCAAACAGCUGUUCCGCCGCUGCUGACGGAGGUGCGGACCUCCCUUCUGGAUUAUGCCACUGCCUUCCGUGACCAAAGCCGUGUGGCAUCCUGCGUUCUAGAGCCAGCUUGA